UUCCUCUAGCAUCACAUCUUCACCGUUUCACAAACAGUGAAGACAACUUUUUUCUAGUGAGUGCGAGUGCAUCGAACAAAAUGCGUAGAUUUUUGAUAGUGAGCUGUGCACUUGCACUAUGUUCUUUAACACCAUCACAAGCAGGACAGCUUGCUAAACGUGAAGCUCCACUACCUGGUAAUGGAGGAUAUUCUUCUGGUGGUCCUUCCAACGGUUACUUGCCUCCCUCUACAGGUGGUGGAUCUUUUGGAGGAAAUGGAGGUUAUUCUGGAGGAUCUUCAGGUGGAAAUGGAGGUGGUUACUCUGGUGGAUCAUCUGGUGGUAAUGGAGGUGGUUACUCUGGUGGUUCUUCAGGUGGUAAUGGAGGUGGUUACUCUGGUGGUUCUUCAGGUGGUAAUGGAGGUGGUUACUCUGGUGGUUCUUCAGGUGGUAAUGGAGGUGGUUACUCUGGUGGAUCUUCAGGAGGUAAUGGAGGCGGUUAUUCAGGAGGCGGAGGUAACGGAGGUGGUUAUUCAGGAGGCGGAGGUAACGGCGGUGGAUUCGGAGGAGGAUAUCCUUCUCCAGCCGCCCCUUCAUCUGGCUAUGGAGCUCCUCAAAGCCCACCUUCUAGCAGUUAUGGUGCUCCCCCAAGUGGUCCAGCUCCUCCUCCAUCUUCUUCUUAUGGCGCACCUACUGGAGGUGGUACCUUCGGAGGUUCAUUCAUCAACGGUGGUUCUUCCUCUUUUGGAUCAUCUUUCGGUGGCUCAUCUUCAUUCGGUGGAAGUGGUGGAUAUUCUUCAGCACCUGCACCUUCCAGCGGUUAUGGCGCGCCACCAAGUUCCCCACCCGCAACCAGCUACGGUACCCCAAUAGCUCCUUCCAGACCUGCCUCGAAACCAUCUUCAGGCUAUGGAGCCCCACCUUCUCAGCCAUCUGGAGGUUAUGGAGCCCCACCAGCAUCUCCACCUUCAUCCAGUUACGGUGCUCCCCCAUCUAGGCCAGCUCCUUCCAGACCAUCCUCUAGUUAUGGUGCCCCACCAUCCUCUCCUCCAUCCUCCAGUUACGGAGCUCCUCCUUCAAGACCAUCAUCCAGCUACGGUGCCCCUCCAUCUAGACCUGCUCCUUCCAGACCAUCCUCAAGCUACGGUGCCCCACCAGCAGCUCCUCCAUCAUCUAGUUACGGUACUCCUCCAUCUAGACCAGCUCCUUCUUCAGGCUAUGGUGCCCCUCCAGCAUCACCUCCAUCUUCUAGCUAUGGAGCUCCUCCAUCAAGGCCAUCAUCAAGCUAUGGCGCUCCCCCAUCCAGACCAGCUCCUUCCAGACCUUCCUCGAGCUAUGGUGCUCCACCUGCAGCUCCCCCAUCCUCUAGCUAUGGAGCUCCUCCUUCAAGGCCAUCUUCAAGCUAUGGUGCUCCACCAGCAGCUCCACCAUCUUCAAGUUACGGUGCUCCACCAGCUUCCCCACCAUCAUCCAGCUAUGGAGCUCCAAAUGGAGGAGGAAGCAGUUUCGGAGGUUCAUCUAGCUUUGGAGGCUCAUCCAGUUUCGGAGGUUCAUCCAGUUUUGGAGGUUCAAGCUCCUUCGGUGGCUCAGGAGGAUACAGCGCACCUGCACCAGCUCCAUCUUCCAGUUAUGGUGCACCAAACGGUAAUGGAGGUGGAAACGGGUACAGUUCAUCAGGAGGCAACGGAGGAGGCUUUGGUGGUGGAUCACCUUCUGGUAGCUAUGGAGCGCCUCCAGCAUCUCCCCCUAGCUCUAGCUACGGUGCUCCUCCUUCAGGUCCUUCUAACGGAGGCGGUCAAAGCUAUGCUAGCAAUGGAGGAUAUUCGUACUAAGAUUUCGAAAAUAGAAAAAUGUAUAUAGAUAGGCGUAAUUAUUUAUUGACGAAUCUGAUUGCAGUAUUAUAAAAUUUUUGUAUACUUUUUUAUCGAAUAAAACUUUUAUAUCAAAUCCAAA